AUGGAGGAUCUUCUGUUCCUAGGACAGCAGGUACCGAAGGUUUUCUUCCACACCGUAAAACCCCCAAAGCUAAAAAGUGUGGGUUUGUGUGUUGAGCCUGCGCCUCCCUUCUGCUCCACCUCUGAAAAGCAGGGCAAGGGAACGGGGCCGAGUGUUUCAGGGCUGCAGUUUCUUGUGGGAAAGUUGCUGUGUUGUCUUCUCUUCAGCCAGAGGAGGUCAAGUUGGUCACUGUUUCAGUCCCUUGUAAGGAGUCGCUUCACAGGUCAGUCAGCAAUGGCUGCAGCAGAAAUUCCCAGUUACAUUGUCUCUUCUCAGACUGAGAAACACAGGAGGGCCAGAAACUGGACUGAUGCAGAAAUGAGAGGUUUAAUGCUGGUUUGGGAAGAAUUUUUUGAUGAGCUGAAACAAACUAAAAGGAAUGCCAAAGUUUAUGAGAAAAUGGCUAACAAACUCUUUGAAAUGACUGGAGAAAUUCGCCACGGAGAGGAAAUAAAGAUAAAAAUUACAAAUAUGACAUUCCAGUACAGGAAAUUAAAAUGCAUGACUGACAGUGAAACUGUUGCACCUGACUGGCCUUACUACAAAACCAUUGAUAGGAUCUUAUCCAAAGUGACAGACCACAGCGAUGUGAAAAUGCAUGAAAAUCAGCAACCAGGUCCUUCUACAUCACAGACGGAGGCCUCGCAGUCUCCAUCAGCUAAGUCUACACCUCUGUAUUUGCCAUAUAACCAGUUUACAUAUGAAGGAAGGGAAGAGUGCUUUGAAGAUGAACAUUCAGAGAGCUCGUCAAGCUUACUUUCUUACAAGCUGAGAGCUGAAGAAAGACCAGUUAAGAAAAGAAAAAUGCAAAGCUGCAGCUUCCAAAAGAAGAAGCUAAAAUUAAUGGAGGCCAUGUUGGAAGAACAAAAGAAGUUGAGUAGAGCUAUGGAAGAAACCUGUAGAGAAGUGCGCAGGAUUCUGGAUCAGCAAAACAUCAUUCAAGUUCAAAGCUUACAGUUACAGGAGAGAAUGAUGAAUCUACUGGAGAAAAUGAUCUCCAAAUCUAAUGUGUAGUUUCCUUUGUGAAUGCCUCUGAGAUUACUAUUGAUAUUAUAGAUAUCCCUUUAUUGCACACCGUAUGUGUGUCUGUUGCCCUGUUCCCAGGUUUUCCAUGGAAAUUAAAACCUUAGUGUAAUCUUAGUUAAGCGAAGAGAACUGAUAAUGCAGGGUGAGAGCUAUCCAGUAUGAUAAAAUUAGUGCAAUAUAUGCCUAAGUUGACUUAUUUUUAUACGGAAGGGUUAAGAGAUGAAUAGCUCUGGGAACUUCAGUACUAUUUAUGCCUAGGUCAGGUAUUGUUUUACAAACAGUGGUGGUGUCUAUUGCUUUGCAUCAAGGACUAUAGCUUGACCUGUUGUAGGAGAACGAAAUAGUGCAUUUCUAAACAUGGUAAUUGCAUCUUGACUUUGCUGAUGAUUAAACCCUGUUUUGAAACAUACGUUGUGAUUGUACAAGUGACCUAUGGUUCUUGUGAAGAGCUAGUUUGGACCAUGAGAUACGUCAUUUUAAACUCCAUGCCUGAUAUGAAUAGUACUCUAAAGUAUUAGGGUAAAAAUAGUCUAUUCAAAUACACUUUUGAUAUAAAAAGAAAACCCCCAAACCACCUUACUAUAUACUGAAUACUAAAAUGUAUAGAAGAUACUUGAAGUUGCUUUUGAUAUUAAAUGUUUAAUUUUUUUCAUUAACUGGAAUCUGUUGACUUAAUGAACAACCAGCAAUGAAAACUAUCAUUUAUUCUCUAUCAUAAAAGAAAAAUACUGUACUGUGUGUAUAUACAUAUAUAUAUAAUCUAUCAAAUGAAAUAAAGAAAAAGAAGAAAC